GUUUGUUUUCAGUAGUUUAAACAGUCCGUUAUGGGAAAAGUACGUAAACCAGCAUAUGACACCAGAACAAAACAUUUCUCUAUUUAGACAAAUGCUGCAGAUAGACUUAAUUUUUUGCGAAUUUUUGUUUACUCGACCCUGUUAUACUUAAAUGUUCAGAUUAAGUGACGUGCUAGGUUCUCACGCUGUAUAGGCAAAGACCAGACCAUAUGGAGCCAGAUCGGAGUUUGCUCAGCCCAUUGUUGGGCCCACCAGAGGAGGUAUAAAUAGUGCUGGCAAAACCGCAGAACAGCAUCAGUUGAUCACAAUCACAAUGAAGUACUCUUGUGUUCUGCUCCUUUUGGCCACCGUCGCCUGUUUCCUGGUGAGCCUGUCCAGUGCCACAACCACGACCACCACCACGACAGAUGCCACUACCACGACCACCACGACCACUGCCUCGUCUUCGGACACCACUACCACGACAGCGUCCUCCUCGGACACCACGACUACCACGGAAUCAUCCUCUUCCAAAAAGAAGAAGCACGUGACCCACUACAAGCGCAAGACGAAGCGACCAAAGAAGGUCAGGAAGAUCAAGCGCAACAGGAGCAAGAAGAACAAGAACAAGAAGCGCAGCGGUUAAACUGCUUGAGAAAACCUACCUGAUCACCUGAUCCAGCCCCUUCCCCUCCGAUACCCAGAGUCCCGAUUCCCGA